AUGGGAGGAGAUGUUUCCGGAUAUAAGGCAAGAGGUUGUCCUGUGAUUCUAGAGAGUUGUCCUUUUAAAUGGGGUCCUAUCCCAUUUAGGUUUGAGAAUAUGUGGUUGGAAAAUCGGGAUUUCAAGGCAUUCUUUAAGGAGUGGUGGGAAAAUGCCCGUGUCCAUGGGUGGGAGGGUUUUAAGUUUAUGCGAAGGUUGAGAGGAGUCAAGGAAAAUCUUAAAGUUUGGAAACGUGAAGUUUUUGGGGAUAUGGGUGAGAUAAAAGCAAAAUUAGUAUGGGAGAUUGGGUUCCUUCAUACUUUGGGAUGGGAGGAGAUGUUUCCGGAUAUAAGGCAAGAGGUAGGGCCCAGAGUGGUGUCAGAUCAUUGUCCUGUGAUUCUAGAGAGUUGUCCUUUUAAAUGGGGUCCUACCCCAUUCAGGUUUGAGAAUAUGUGGUUGGAAAAUCGGGAUUUCAAGGCAUUCUUUAAGGAGUGGUGGGAAAAUGCCCGUGUCCAUGGGUGGGAGGGUUUUAAGUUUAAGCGAAGGUUGAGAGGAGUCAAGGAAAAUCUUAAAGUUUGGAAACGUGAAGUUUUUGGGGAUAUGGGUGAGAUAAAAGCAAAAUUAGUAUGGGAGAUUGGGGAGUUAGACGUGAAGGAGGCUGGGGAGGGUUUAUCUCAAAUGUUAAGGUAUAGGAGAUCAAUGAUUAGAAUGAAGUUGGAGGAGAUCAUUUUUAGGGAGCAAAUUUUUUGGGGUCAAAGAGCUAAGUUGAAAUGGGCUAGAGAAGGUGAUACUAAUUCUAGAUUUUAUCAUAGAGUUGCAUCGGGGAAGCGGAAGAAGAGUUUUAUUAAAAAUUUGGAAGUGGCUCCAGGUGAAGUGGUGUGUAAGGAGGAGCUUAUUGUCAAGGAAAUUUUUAAUUUUUAUUCAAAUCUAUAUUCUGAUGGGGGUGUGGAUCGUCUAGGGAUUAAAGGCAUUAAUUGGGUUCCAGUGGAUUUAGCGAUUGCUAGUUGGCUGGAAAGACCUUUUGACGAAGAUGAGGUGAGACAAGCUGUAUUUGAGUGCGAUAGAGAUAAGGCUCCAGGCCCAGAUGGCUUUUCAAUGGCAGUUUUUCAGGAUUGUUGGGAAAUUGUAAAAAGGGAUUUCAUGAGGGUAUUUUCUGAGUUUUUUGAGAGCGGGCAGGUUAAUUUGUGCACCAAUGCAUCCUUUAUUUGUCUAAUUCCCAAAAAGGAGAAAUCGAUCAAGAUUGGGGAUUUUAGACCCAAUCACAUCUCUUUAUAA